AUAUAAACGAAGUCUUCUUACAGAGAAAGACAAAACAAAAUCUAGGAAAAGUAUUCAAGAGGAGAAGAAGUCAAGGAAGUCUCUCAUCUUUGGGGGAAAACGAUGGAUAGGCUUGAUGGUCCACCACGGCUCAUACUAGUCACAGAUCUUGAUUGCACUUUGGUUGAUCACGAUGAUCCUGAGAACACCGAUCUCCUUAGAUUCAAUGCGCUGUGGGAGGCUCACUACCGCCAUGACUCGCUCCUUGUUUACUCCACCGGAAGGUCUAUGCGUUCUUACUUGAGUCUGAGGAACAAGAAGCCCUUGUUGACUCCUGACAUCGCCAUCACUUCCGUCGGUUCCGAGAUUGCGUACGGCGGUGAAGAAUCCAUGGUGUCGGAUGAUGUUUGGGUGGCUCGUAUGGGUGAAAUGUGGAACAGAGAGAUUGUCCUCGAGGAAACUUCCAAGUUCCCUGAACUCGAACCGCAGCCAGUUAAGAGCCAAGAGGAGCACAAAGUGAGUUUCUUUGUGGGAAGAGAACAUGCUGUGGAAAUUAUGAAGGUUCUUCCUGGGAGAUUAUUGGAGCGUGGGGUGGAUGUGAAGCUGGUCUACAGCAACGACUAUGCUUUCGAUGUUUUACCAAAAGGAUCUGGCAAAGGAGGUGCUCUGACUUAUCUACUUGAAAAGCUGGAGAGCGAAGGGAAGCAGCCUUGUAACAUACUUGUUUGUGGUGACUCUGGAAACGAUGCCGAGCUCUUCAACAUUCCUCAAGCAUAUGGUGUAAUGGUUAGCAAUUCGCACAAAGAACUACUGCAAUGGCACGAGGAGAAUGCAAAGGACAACCCGAAGAUAAUUCUUGCGUCCGAGAGAUGUGGAGCUGGGAUGAUAGAAGCCUUACAGAGGUUUAAUCUGGGACCAAGCGUCUCUCCGAGAGAUGUUUUGGAUACUGAAAACUUCCACGUGGAAGUUUUGGAUCCUGCUCAUGAGGUGGUUCAGUUUUAUUUGCUUUACGAGAAAUGGCGCCGUGGAGAGGUGGAGAAGUCUGAUAAGUAUCUUCAGAACUUGAAAUCGCUCUCCAGUCCACUUGGUAUGUUUGUUCAUCCGUCUGGAGUGGAGAAACUGAUACAUGAGUGGAUAGAUGAUUUGGACAAUUUACAUGGGGAGGAAGGGAAGGAGAAGCAGUUUCGCGUUUGGCUGGAUAGAGUCUCGUCUUCUCUUAUCAGCCCAGAGACAUGGAUUGUAAAAUUUGACAAGCAUGAGUUAUCUGUCUUGUUUGUUUUGGGUUGUAUUCAGAUGGAAAAGUACGGUCAUGUUCGACGAGAGUCUUACUAAGUUGUCAGGAGGAAAAGGAAAAGCUGACUUGGAUGCACAUCCAACAAUCAUGGUUAGAUGGUUCCUGUUCAGAUGAUCAGGAAAAAUGGAUUUUCUGAAACUGGAUACUGACAUAUCAAGCCGAUACUUCACCUGUUUGGGACAAGAACUAACCAGAAGAGCAUACGUGUUUGUUUUGUGUUAUGUAUUGGUUUCACUAAUACUCUUUUUUUUACAUAUGUUGAAAAUAAUAAAUAAGGAAGAUUGUGGUCUGUACUGGAUUCAUAACUGGACAGGGAGAGUUCCUGGGGUCUCUACAACAAAACCCUACAUUUAUUUGGUUCAUGUAAUCUGCUAACGCAUUGAUUGGUUUGCUCCUUUGUUUCAUACUUUUUUUUUUUUUUUUUUUCCAUACUUGUUGAUUGUUGUCUUCAUGACACUGAUGACUAAGAAAGAAUUCGUGUUUGAUUUUUUUGGUUUACAUGGAUUGUUUUGUACUA